UCAUUGAAGAAAUGAAAUCGAAAAAAUUAGGUAAUCAAAUUAGACUAAACGAGAGCAAAAAGUGUUUACGCAGAGGAAGAUAAACUGCUUCUCUUUCGCUUUGUGCAUAGGCAGAUAAUCGAUGAUGUCUACUCGCAGUGGGAGAUGCCUUACUGUUUUUCGGAUUCGUCGGCCAAUGGAUAUUUUUGGUUCCGUUUCUUUUAGUAGUUCUAAAAGUAGUACUCAUUUGAGAGGUAAAGGCAAUUCUGAUUCAUUCCACAACAUUGAUGAUUGUUUAGCUUCCUUUAAUUUGAUGCUUCAUAGUAAUCCUCCUUCCCCUAUUAAGGAAUUCAGUAAAUUGUUAUCUGCACUUGUUCGAAUGAAACAUUAUGCUACUGUCAUUUCUCUCUCUGAACAGAUGGAAAUGUUUGGAAUUUCACAUAAUAUUUAUUUGGAGGAUAAAUUUGGUGAAGCUGUGGAUUUGUUUGAUGAUAUUGUUGAAAAAGGGUAUCGACCUGAUGUUUAUACCUAUACUGUGAUUGUCUAUACUGUGAUUGUGAAUGGUCUUUGUAAAAAUUGGGAAAACCAUGUUGCCCAUUGCAACCUUAAUCCGAGGUUUGUGUAUAUCAAGCAGAUGGAAGGAAGCUUUUAUGUUCUUAACCAAAUGUUGAGAGCAACGUCACAACCAGAUUUAAUUAGCCUUCAAUACUUGGUUGAUGGACUUUGUAAGGAAGGAAAGGUUUCAAGGGCUUCAAUGGUGUUAGUCAAAUAUGAUGAAUGCAGGGAGGAAUCAAAGGCCAAUUUGGAUCUAUUUCAUGAAAUGCAAAAGAACUUGUUGAAGCCUCACCUUAUUAUUUAUAAUACCCUAAUUGAUGGUAUAUUCAGAGCUGGAAAGGUUAACGAUGCAAAGGAAUUGUUUUCUAGACUUUCCAUAGAAGGGUUGCAUCCUGAUGUUUGUACAUACACUAUAAUUGUCAAAGGACUUUGUAAAGAAGGAUUAUUAGAUGAAGCAUUAAAGGUGUUCAGGAAAAUGGAAGGGAAUGGUUGCUCACCAGAUGAUUGCUCUUAUAAUGUGAUUAUCCAAGGAUAUCUCCAACACAACGAUUUGUCCAUGGCAAAACAACUUAUUGACUUAUUGAUGAAAAAUGGUUGCAAGGGGGUUUGCAGAAUGCACUACCAUGAGAUUUGGUAG